GGCACCACAGUCUGUACUCUAUAGUCUAUAGUCUAUAGAGUAUUCGAAAUUUCGAACCGUUCUGAGGUUGUGAUUUAAAGUUAUUGAAUAGAACAUCUUAUCUGGAUACAGCUUACUUGAGUUGAGAUUUCAGAGUUCAGACAACCUCUUCCAAUGCAAUGGCAUCUUUAUCCUUUCUUAAUUCUAAUUAUUUCCAUUCUAUCCAAAUGUCCAAGCCAUCGUCAUCAUCGUUAACAUGCAUCCACUCCUCACUCUCUUCCCCAAACCCUCCCAACUCAAAGGAUGAGGCCAUACAACAAGCAAAAACAUCCAUUUCAACAACCUUGGAGAAGCCCCUCAACAACUCCUCAAAACUAAUUGGCAAGUACAAGAAACUCAAGCAACCCAAAUUCAGGGUUGAGAUUCCACUCAUUGAUGGCUCACCAGAUUCCAUUUCCCAACUCGCCCUUGAUGUUUUUGGGGACAUACCCAUCAAGAGAAAAGGUUCUCCCAUUAAGGUUUUGGUUCUGUGGCCUAACCCUAGAUUGAGAGAAGCUGCAAAUGCUGCUUUUAAGUCCCAAUCAGAUACCAAAGUUGAACACUUUGACAUUCCCUCACUUCAGAACAGUGACCCCAGAAUCUUGAAUUCUGCUGAUGUGGCAGUGUUCUUUGUGCCAGAGGUUUCACAGUUGGACCUGGUUAGAACAGUGAGUGAUGCAUUUAACCCUAGGCCUGUGGUUAUGUUCAAUCCAAAAUGGGCAUUUGAGGAAGAGGGUAACUUUGAUGAUGAUUUAUCUGGGUUUGUGAAUUCCUUUGAAGUGGUUUAUUGUUUCAUGGGGUUAGAGGUGAGGGGUUUGUUGAGCAAGAGAAAAGGUGUGGUUUUUAGGUGUGUGAGAGAUGGGGUUGUGAGUGGUGAGAAGUGGAAUGUGUUUGUGGAAGAAGGGGAAGAAAUGAAGCUGGUUUCAACACUCAAGGCCAGGCCAACCAUUGUUGAAGUUGAGAAUGUGUUGUACAAUGUGAUGGCGAUGAAUUCGCCGAUAACCAAGUCGGCGAAGUUCAUUAAGGGGUUGGUAUCCAAUGUGACAGGAAGAAAAUAGUGAGGAAGGAAGGAUUAAGGAUUGGUCUUCAAAUUUGGGAUAGUUUGUUUGAGAUAUGGUGAACAACGAGUAGAACAUGUUUGUGAAUUUGUCUCAGUGAAUAUAGUUGUGGAAAAGCUAUGUCUAGCCAUGGCUUCGCCCUGCCAUUGAAAUGGAUGACACCGGCACUCUCAGCAUCAGCAAAACUUGUGUCUUCUUGAUAUCCCAAUCCCAGCAUAUGCCAGAAAGGAUCAAUAA